GCAUGGCGGCGGACACAAAGAGCUGAGGCCCGAGCUCAGACCCUCACACAGCAGGACAGCCGGGAUACGAGCUCUGGACGCGGCCUGGAGUGAAGACAAUCUGCCGCCGCUGCACGUUUUCACUUGAUGCUCGUUUCCUCACACUUCCGUCGGUAACCGGACAGUUACCGUAACUUUGGACAAGUUCAGGCAGAGUUUGCGUCGGAGCCGCGCACAGAGUUUCUGCUCGAGAGGACGGAGAGGACUGGAAAAAUGCGAAGUUUGAUCCGGGCUCUGGUCGCCUGGAGCUGGGUGGCGGUGUGUGUCCGCGCCGCCAUGGACGAGUGUUCGGACGAGCGCGGCUCGCCGCAGCGCUGCAUGCCCGAGUUCGUUAACGCCGCUUUUAACGUGACGGUGGUGGCGACCAACACCUGCGGCUCUCCGCCCGAGGAGUACUGCGUGCAGACCGGCGCCACUGGGGUCACCAAGUCCUGCCACAUCUGCGACGCCCGGGACCCCCGGAACCACCACAGCGCCGUGUACCUGACCGACUACAACAACCAGCAGGAUACCACCUGGUGGCAGAGCCAGACCAUGCUGGCGGGCAUCCAGUACCCGAACUCCAUCAACCUCACCCUGCACCUCGGUAAGGCCUUCGACAUCACCUACGUCAGGCUCAAGUUCCACACCAGCCGUCCGGAGAGCUUCGCCAUCUACAAGCGGACCAGCGAGGGGGGCCCCUGGGUGCCGUACCAGUACUACAGCGGCUCCUGCGAGAAGACCUACCAGAAGGCGAGCCGCGGCUUCAUCCGCACCGGAGAGGACGAGCAGCAGGCGCUCUGCACCGACGACUUCAGCGACAUCUCGCCGCUCACCGGCGGAAACGUGGCGUUCUCCACGCUGGAGGGCCGACCCAGCGCCUACAACUUCGACAACAGCCCCGUCCUCCAGGACUGGGUGACGGCCACUGACAUCAGAGUGACCCUGAACAGGCUCAACACGUUCGGAGACGAGGUGUUCAACGACCCCAAGGUCCUCAAGUCCUACUACUACGCCAUCUCUGACUUCGCUGUGGGAGGGAGGUGUAAGUGUAACGGCCACGCCAGCGAGUGUGUGAAGAACAGCAGAGGACGACUGGUGUGUAACUGCAAACACAACACGGAGGGAGACGACUGCAACGUCUGCAAAGCGUUCUACAACGACCGGCCGUGGAGGAGAGCGACCGCCGACAACCCCAACGACUGUCUGCCCUGUGACUGUAACGGGAAGAGCUCCGAGUGUUACUUCGAUGCAGAGCUGUACCGGGCCACGGGUCACGGAGGUCACUGCAGAAACUGCGCCGACAACACCGACGGCCCCAACUGCGAGCGCUGCCUGGACAACUACUACAGAGAGCAGAGCGGCGGCCGCUGCCUGCCCUGCGGCUGCAACACCGUCGGCUCAGAGUCUCCUCAGUGUGACAACAGAGGAGUGUGUGCGUGUAAACCCGGAGUGACCGGAGAGAAGUGCGACCGCUGCCAGCCGGGAUACCACAGCCUGACGGAGGCGGGCUGCAGGCCGUGCUCUUGCUCGCCCUCUGGCAGCACUCAGGAGUGUGACGUCAACACAGGACAGUGUCGCUGUAAAGACAACGUGGAGGGCUUCAGCUGUGACAGGUGUAAACUGGGCUACUUCAACCUGGACCCCAACAACCCUCAGGGCUGCACCCCCUGCUUCUGCUUCCAGCACUCGUCUGUGUGCGACAGCGCCGAAGGCUUCAGCGUCCACGCCGUCAGCUCGUCCUUCUCCAGAGAUGACGAGCAGUGGACCGGUCAGCAGCGUGACGGCUCCAGAGUGUCCGUCCAGUGGUCUCCCAGCGGACAGGAAAUCUCCCUCAUCUCAGACGACUACUUCCCCAUGUACUUCAUAGCCCCAGAGAAGUUUUUGGGGAACCAGAUGCUGAGUUAUGGACAGAACCUGAGUCUGAAUUUCCGGGUCGACCGGCGGGACACUCGGCUGUCGGCGGAGGAUCUGGUCCUGGAGGGAGCUGACCUGAGGGUGGCCGUCCCCCUCAUCGCCCAGGGCAACGCUUACCCUAACGAGAACAUGCAGACAUAUGUGUUCAGGCUCCAUGACAGCACCGACUACCCCUGGAGGCCACCUGUCAGCCACUCCGACUUCCAGAAACUUCUCCACAACCUGACCGCCAUCAAGAUCCGCGGCACCUACAGCGAGAGGAGUGCGGGUUACCUCGACGACGUCUCCUUGGUGACGGCAAGGCGGGGUCCAGGUGUUCCGGCCCGCUGGGUGGAGCGGUGCACCUGUCCUCAGGGUUACCAGGGUCAACACUGUGAGCAGUGCACUCUGGGAUAUCGCCGCGCCCGCCCAGAGCUCGGAGCCUUCAGCCCCUGUGAGCCCUGCAACUGCAACGGACACAGCGACGCCUGCAACCCUGAGACAGGAGCAUGUGACUGUCAGGACAACACCGCCGGUUUGAGCUGUGAGCGCUGUAGAGACGGUUUCUACGGUGACGCCACCCGGGGGACGUCAGCUGACUGUCAGCCCUGCCCCUGUCCGGCCGGAGCCACCUGCGCUGUCAUCCCCAAAACCAGAGAGGUGGUCUGCACCAACUGUCCUGCAGGGACCACAGGUAAGCGCUGCGAGCUCUGUGACGACGGCUUCUUCGGCGACCCGCUGGGUCAAAGCGGGCCGGUCCGAGCCUGCCGCGCCUGCAAGUGCAGCGACAACAUCGACCCCAACGCCGUCGGCAACUGCAACCGCGAGACCGGAGAGUGCCUCAAGUGCAUCUACAACACCGACGGCUUCUUCUGCGACCGCUGCAAGGAGGGUUUCUAUGGCAACGCCCUGUCCACCAACCCCGCCGACAAAUGCAAACCUUGCUCCUGCUCUCCGUUUGGCACUGUUGGUCGACAGACCGGCUGUUCUCAGGUGACCGGUCAGUGUCAGUGUCUACCCAACGUGGCCGAGCGCGACUGCAGCGCCUGUCAGCCCGGCUUCUUCAACCUGCAGAGCGGCAACGGCUGCGAGCGCUGUAACUGUAAUCCGAUUGGCUCCACCAACGGUCAGUGUGACAUCACGACAGGACAGUGCGAGUGUCAGCCCGGCGUCACCGGCCGACACUGCGAACGCUGCGAGGGAAACUUCUUCGGUUUCAGCGCGUCCGGAUGCAAACCCUGCGACUGCGACCCCGAAGGCUCCCAGUCAGGUCAGUGCAAAGAGGACGGCCGCUGCGAGUGUCGGCCCGGCUUCGUCGGAGCUCGCUGUGACAUGUGUGAGGAGAACUACUUCUACAACCGCUCGGCGCCGGGCUGCCAGCAGUGUCCCUCCUGCUACAGCCUGGUCAGAGACAAGGUGAACCAGCAGAGGCAGAAGCUUCACGACCUGCAGACCCUGAUCGAUAACCUCGGCUCGGGUCAGGACCACGUCAGCGAUAAGGCCUUCGAGGAUCGUCUGAAGGAGGCAGAGAGAGCCAUCAUGGAGCUGCUGGAGGAGGCUCAGACCAGCAAAGAUGUCGACAGAGGUCUGCUGGAUCGUCUCAACAACAUCAACGGCACUCUGACCACCCAGUGGAACCGACUGCAGAACAUCCGCAACACGGUGGAGGACACCAGCACUCAGGCCGACCGCGCCCGCAACCGAGUCCGAGACGCCGAGAACCUGAUCGACCGAGCCCGGCAGGAGCUGGACAAGGCCAAGGACGCCAUCGGCAAAGUGGACAUCAAACCCCCCAGCGGCACCGGAGAUCCAAACAACAUGACGCUGCUGGCUGAGGAGGCUCGCACGCUGGCUGAGAAGCACAAGAUGGACGCCGACCAGAUCGAGAAGAUAGCCAAAGACGCCAACGACACGUCGACCAAAGCAUACAACCUGCUGCUGAAGACUCUGGACGGUGAGAGCAAGACGAGCGGGGAGAUCGACGAGCUCAACAAGAAGUACAACGAGGCGAAGGAGCUGGCCAAGAAUCUGGAGAAACAGGCCGGCAAGGUUCAGGCUGAGGCCAAAGAUGCAGGAGACAAGGCUCUAAAGAUCUUUGCCAACCUGACCAGCGUCCCGCCGUUGGACACCAAGGCUAUGGAGGAUGAAGCGAGUAAGAUCAAGAAGGAGGCGGCGGACCUCGACAAGCUGAUCGAUAAGACGGAGAAGGAAUACAACGACCUGAGAGACGACCUGAAGGGCAAAGAGCAGGAAGUCCGCAAACUGCUGGAGAAAGGCAAAAGUGAGCAGCAGACUGCUGAUCAGCUGUUGGCUCGAGCAGACGCCGCCAAAGCUCUGGCUGAGGAGGCAGCGAAGAAGGGCCAGUCGACCUUCAGAGAGGCUGAGAGCAUCCUGAACGACCUGAGAGACUUCGACAAGAGGGUUAACGACAACAAGACCGCUGCCGAGGAAGCCAUGAGCAAGAUCCCCGCCAUCAACAACACCAUCAUGGCCGCCAACAUGAAGACCAAGGAUGCGGAGGCGGCGCUCGGCAACGCGGCCGCCGACGCCCGCGAGGCCAAGAACAAGGCGGAGGAGGCAGAGAGGAUCGCCAGCAACGUGCAGAAGGGCUCAGCCAAGACCAAGGAGGACGCAGAGAAGGCCUUCCAGGACACCAACAAGCUGGACAAAGAGGUCAACGACAUGAUGGACCAGCUGAGUGCCGCUGAGAAGGAGCUGGCCAGGAAGAAGGCCGAGGCCAACCAGGACAUGAUGAUGGCUGGGAUGGCGUCGGACAACGCGAAGGAGGCAGAGGACAACGCCCGCAAGGCCAAGAGCGCCGUGAAGACGGUUCUGAGCACCAUCACCGCCCUGCUGGAUCAGCUGGGAAACAUCGACAAGGUGGACCUGAGCAAGCUGAACCAGAUCGACGAGUCCUUGAAGAGCGCUAAAAGCAAGAUGGCGAACAGCGAGCUGGACAGGAAGCUGGCGGAGCUGAACGACGUGGCGCGGACUCAGGAGGACAUGAUCAACGACUACGACCGGCAGAUCCGCGAGAUCCGCGCCGACAUCGCCAACCUCAACGACAUCAAGAACACGCUACCCGACGGCUGCUUCAACACGCCGUCUCUGGAGAGGCCUUAACCCCGCCCUCCCCCUCCUCCUCCGGCGCCCCCCCCCCUUCACAUCGAACUUUUACCAAAACAGUUUUCAAACGUUUUGUUUUCCGAUCCUUGUCCUUGUUUUUCAUUUCAAGAGAGAAGCCAACAUUUCAAGUUCACGGUUUUAACAGAAGAGAAGCAGCUUUUUUUUUGUGUGUUUUGUUUUUAGGUUUUUUUCUGAGACGCAGUAUCGUGGUCACGGUAGAAUGAACUCAGCGGCGUCGAGAAGCCGUGCAGAGAGGUGGAGGAACCUCGGAGAAAAACCAGAACCACAAACCCGACGUGACUGCACCCGCCUGCUCCACAAGAGGAAGCUUCACACAGGAAGUUCCUCUCACCUGGAGGAAGGCCCGCUCGUGUUUUCUAGUCUAACCAGCCGUUACCCAUCAUGCCUUGGGAAACACCAGCUACGUCAGAGUGUCACAGUUUUCAGCCAGCUGAAUGUGCGGCGGCACGCUGCCGGAAACAUCCUCGCCGUUCUUUUCUUCCUCAGAAUCCACACAGUGAAGGAAUCCUCUCGCUUGUCUCCUCCUUUCUCCCGAAGCCGUGACGCCGUCAGCGGAGGAGUCUUCCUCCUCUUCUCCUCAGCAGUAUUCACGCCUCCUCCGGGCCGUGUCGUUGAGUAAAGCCACGCCUGCUCUGCUGGUGCACGUGAAGCCUCCGAGUCCAGAAGAACGGUCUUUAAAGUCCCGUUCCCGCGAGGUCUGGAUCUGGGGUCAGCGUCACGAGAUGCCGCGGGUCUUAUGGGAACAAGCUUCGACGCGAUGUUCUACCAGCUUGUUCCCGUAAGAACCGGCUCCGACGCUAGAACGCGACAAACAUCUUCUCGUUUGCUGCUCGUCACUGGCGUUUUUACCCAUCACGCAUUAUCGUUUUCUUCCAGGCUAAAUCCAACACUAUGCAACUUUGUACAUUUUGCGUAGCGAGAAUUUUAUCUGAUACACUGGUGCUAAUAAUUAUUUCAAAUGUUAUAUUUUUGUGUGAAUGUUUUUUAUUAUGACAUAGAGUGAGGAAUUUGUUAUUUGUGUAAAUAUAUGCUUCAAUGAUUCAGGACUGGCUGAUUUUCAGAAUAAAACUCCAACAUGCAAACAGCCACAUUAAGUUCUAUCACAAUCAAUCAACUGAAACCUCCAGGUUAAAUAUAUAGAAAUAUCUACGAUAACGUCUGUGGUAUGUUAUUAUAAUAUGCUUGCUUGUAUACAAGGCUCAGUGUUGCUGCCUCAUAGCAACGCCAAUACUUCCUUUGUGUUUUAUUGAUUCUGUGGGUUUUCACAUGUUAAUUCAACCUAACUGAAUACUUGUGUUUAGUUGUUUUUUUUUUUUUUUUUUUUUGAGCUUUGACCUUUUUACCAAUCAGGCCAAGUUUUAAAGGCGUCUCCUGCCUCACGAGUCAUUUUACUGAAUUUACUCACUGACUUCAUGGCGGUAAUGAGCUCAGUCACAUGUUGCUACAGUAGUUACCUGUUUGAAUUAGUGUUUUGUGCCUUAAUAUAAAGUAAUCACAGUCCCGACGAGGGCGUCCAUGUUUUAUUUCACGAAAAUGUCCUUGUCGUCCUCACGCCGUCUCCUCGUGUUGGUACUGAAGCGGGUUUUUUAAAUCAGGUCCUGAUCAGAAAACUAAACCGGAUCCUGAUCCAGUGAGAAACAGCCAAAAUGAGUUUUAGCUCUGCAGAGGGAAUGUCGAACGUGUGACAACCUCACAUGUUCACUGGACUGGCCUCCAUCCAGACGGCUGCUCUGCAGGCCGUGCAGCACAUGACACGUGAUGUAUAAACAGUAUUUUAAGUUAUGAUGUACCAGUUAUUUGUAUUGUAACCUGCUGUCUUGGGUGGUGACGCGGUGCUGCACGGCCUGCAGGACUCCUGGGUUCAGUUUUCUUGUGUCAUGUGACGUGGUGUUUCCAGCCCUGUGAGGACCUGAAUGACCCUGUUUGUUCCAUGUGCCUGUAAAUCCAAACUUAACAUUUGAAUAAUAAAAAAUUAC